AUGUCCAACACCAACUGGCUACCGAUCGCUGUUUUUGUCCCUCUCGUUCUCGGCAUCUCAACCAGCCACCUACUCGGUAAGAGCCCGAUCAAGUGCGACGGUGACCCUUUCGCGAGCAAAUUCCAAGUUUACUGGAACGUCCCGACGGACGAGUGCCUCCGACACGACGUUAGUUUCGAGGGGCUUACAGACGAUUUUUGCGUCGUACAAAACACCAACGACAAGUUCCGGGGGGACAAGAUUGCCAUCUUGUACGAUCCUGGCAGCUUUCCAACGUUGAAGGACGACUAUGAUCGGCAUUUGGAGAGAAACGGCGGAGUGCCGCAGAACGGGAACCUCACGGGGCACCUGGUGGAGUUUCAACGCGACGUGGACACGUGGAUUCCGGACGCGAAUUUUUCCGGCGCGGCAGUGAUUGAUUUCGAGCUGUGGCGCCCGAUUUACCGCCAAUUGUGGGGCAAGUACGAGAUUUACAAGAACAUGUCCGUCAGGCUAGAGCAGCGGAAACACGGGGAUUGGCACGAUAAGGACAUGGUCAACGAGGAGGCGGAGAGGAGUUACGAAAGGGCGGCGAGGGAGUUUUUGAGGAGAACCCUCGAGUUUGCCCAAACGAUACGUCCAAGGGCCAAGUGGGGAUACUACGAUUAUCCCUUUUGCAACAACUGGUCGAGUCGCAACAGGCACGAUCACUGCCCCGACACGAUCGUCAAGGAGAACGAUCAAAUGUCCUGGCUCUACGAGAAUAUGUCGCUGUUGUUGCCGUCCGUGUAUUUGAGUCCUGAUUUGGAUGCCGAUCAGAGACUGGGUUUGGUACGAGGCAGGGUGCAAGAAGCCGUGAGAAUCGCUAACAAGAGCCCCAACAGGGGCAACGUCAAAGUGUUACCUUACUAUUGGUAUCGGUAUCGCAAAAACAACACCUUCGUCGAAAAGACUGAGCUCAAAAAUACGCUCGAAGAAGUGGCGAGAAAUGGUGGCGAUGGGGUGGUCAUUUGGGGGAUGAGGGACGACAUCAACAGCAGAGGCAAGUGCGAAGAUUUUCUCAACUACGUGUGGAAAGUUCUGGGCCCCGUCGUACUUGAAGUUAAAGCCAUGAAAAAUACUGACUGAGCAUGUAAAUGCACUUUUCUUUGCCAAUCGUGUCGUUUAAUGUUUAAAAAUUUUUUUUUUUAUCAUUAAAAACUACAAUCGAUAAGGAAGCAACAAACUCCCGGUAAACCAUUGUUGUAAAUAAAUAAAAACAGUCUUUGGUUAAAUCAAAUUGAUUUUAAAAACACACUCAAAUCAAGUCACUAAAUUUAGAGAAAAAAAUAAUUUUACGUGAUGUGUGGAUAUAUGAUUUUUACUAGAGAA